CGAAACCGAAACUGCUAAGGAAGUAGACCUUCUAGAAAGUGUCGAACCUACAUGUACACCUUGAUGCGCUGCCGUGUCGAAUGUAUGUAGUAAUAUUGUCCACUUUACUGCUGAAAUGAGGAUCUGAAAGAGUAGAAAUCCUCGGCCUCAUCUGAACUGGAGCAGCAGCACCCACAGCACAACGCACUCUCAGUGAGCGACCAGCACGUCGGGAAAUGGACACGCCGUCGGAGAUUCCAGCCGGUCGCGGCGCCUCCAUCCACGGGACGGAGCAUAGUGACGACGAAGGCAUGACCUGGGACAGAUCGCCGCUUGAUUUACCAGACUGUGACAUCGAGAGAGCCGCCUCACCUACUCCGAGUUACCUGUCCAUGGAGAGCGAGACCAUGGACUGCAGCGAUGCAGACGCUGAGCCCGACGAGACAUCAACCAGGGUGGAGUUUGAGAGACCGGACUCGGCCGUCUCGAGCAUCUACUCUCUGGAGAGCGACGAGGGCGUGGAAGACGAGCUGAAGGCCGAACUCCAGAUUCGCAGGAUACCCAAGCACAAGAAAUUCCGCUCUGGAAAACCGGAGCUUCAGAUGGACCCGAACUACAAGAGGCACCCGGCUCUGACUAUCAAAUACACGUUCAAGUUCCUCCAGCAAGUGUUGAAGAAGCUGACUGAGGCUCAGCUGAAGUUCUUUAAGAAGUUCCUGUGGGAACGUUACCCUGAGUUCUUCAGGGAUCCUCUGGAUGUCCUGGACAUCAUCGACCUGGUGGACAAGAUGCUGGAGUGCUGCGACAUCGACUUCUCCCUCAGCAUCACCCAGCACGUGCUCGGAUUCAUGGGACUCAAUAAGCUCGUGAAAUACAUAUGUGGACACCUUCACAGGAAUGAGGUGCGCUAUGGUCUGAAGCAGCAGCUCAGAGAGAAGUACUCCACCAUUUACGAAGGCUGCCCAAAGAAUGGCGCGAAGGCGGACUUCGAGUCGGUCUACGCCGAACAUUUCAUCACAUCGGGGCUCUACGCACCGGUCAACGGCGAGCACGAGCUGCGGGGCUUGGUGGAGGAGCUGAAGGUGGACAAGCGCUUUAAGUACAAGCCCAUGAAGAACACAGAGAUCUACAACCCGGAGGUGGUGGCCGAGCGCUACCUGCGGCUCAUGGUCAUGAGGGGCAUCGCCGGGAUCGGCAAGACGACGGCCGUGCAGCGCUUCAUCAUGGACUGGGUCAACGAGACGGCGCACGAGGAGAUCUACUUCGUGUUCCCGCUGUCGGGCGAGUUCGUGAUGCAGCACCUGGACGAGGAGAUGUCGCUCCGAGGGAUACUGAACUCGAUGUACCCCGCCGUGGAACCGCUGGCCGACCUGGACUUCGAGGACUGCCAGCUGAUGUUCAUCCUGGACGACGUGGACGAGCUGGUGCUGGAGCUGGACUUCCUGUACACGCACUGCUGGUGCGACGCCAACACAGUCGUCCCGGUGCGCAACCUGUUCAUCAACCUGAUCAAGGGCAACCUGCUGCACUACGCCUUCCUGUGGGUGGUGACGCGGCCGCUGGCGUCCUGCGCGCUCCCCUCCGACCGCAUCCACCAGGUGGUGGAGGUGCGCGGCUUCGCCGAGGAGGCGCGCGAGGAGUACUUCCGCAAGCGCUUCGCCCACGACCCGGCCGCGGCCGAGCGCGCCGUCGCCUACCUGCACGCCAACAAGACCGUCUUCAUCAUGUGCCACCUGCCCAUGUUCUGCUGGGUCGUGUCCGACUACCUGGCGAAGCUGUUCGAGAAGUACCCGCUCCCGGGCCGGGAGCCGCCGCACACGCUCACCGAGCUCUACGCGCGCCUGGUGCAGGUGUACUUCAACAUGCGCCAGAGGCGUCACGACGAGACGGGCCCGCUGGCCGACGACAAGAAGUGGGAGGACGGCAAGGUGCUGAUGCUCAACAUGGCCAAGAUGGCGUACUCCAUGCUGGAGAAGGAGGCGUUCCACGUCACCAAGAGCAACUGGAAGGACGAGGACUCCGACGCCAAGGAGGCCAUCGUGCGCUCGGGCCUGUGCACGGAGUACUACCGCGAGAGGUUCAUCCUGUACCAGGAGAAGAUCCGCUGCUUCAUCCACCCCACGGUGCAGGAGUUCAUGGCCGCCCUCCACGUCUUCCUCAUGUUCAAGAACAGCGGGAAGAACGUGAUGGACACCAGCAAGAUGUCCAUGAUCAAGCUGCGGGACCUGAGCCUGGCGGACGUCUACAAAACCGCCGUGGACAGAGCGGUUAGCGGUAAGGCCAAGGACCCCUACCACUACGACCUGUUCCUGCGCUUCCUCGCUGGCAUGGGCGCCCUGUCCAACCAGACCAUCCUGAGUCGUUUCUUUAAUCACGUCGGGUUAAAGAACUCUGCCCUCGAGGACGCUGCCAAGGCCUUCAGGAAAAGGAUGAAGGAGCAUCCAGACAAAAAGGAGACCCUGGAGAAGUGCUUGGAGGAGCUGAGCCCAACAAACGCACUCCUUCGCAAAGGCAGCAUGCAAAGCCAAUAACUUAAUGACACUUACAAAGGGUUUGUGCUAUUUUACAAGACACUUUUGUUUAAAACAACUUGCUAUGACAUCAGUGAACAUUACCUUAACAUUAAAAUGAUCAGUUUAUAGAGAGGUUGUAUUGCACCACGUGCCUUAUACGUUGAUUUGAGAUUUUAUUUUUCAGUGUGUGUUUUGAUAUUUUCUGUUGGAAAUUGACUUGGAUCAGGACACUCCCAAAUCUGUGUCGUAGUGCUAAUGCUGAGAUGCUUUCGACAGCCCACCAGCAGUGUGAAGCAAAUUAAUUUGCUCUUUGUAUUAUUUCUGCCUGUGCACCAACAAAAGGGUUGUUUAUAUAAGGAAAGUUAGUCUCACCCAUCAUGAAGGUGAUUUGAGGGUUACAAGAGAAGUCACGGUGGGCGCACUGACAUUCUGUCUACAGAAAAUGCCAGCUGGUCAUAGGAGUUAAGCCUACCUUACACUGACAAGAUUUGGGAAAGAUUCUUGAAAGAUUGUAGUUUUUUGAGUUAAACUUGAAUGAGGGGCAUUAGUUAAAAAGACUACGAUCUUUUAAGAAUCUUUCCCAAAUCUUGUCAGUGUAAGGUAGGCUUUAGCAAGAGAAGGAACAUGGACUCAAUUAGAGUAGGAAGGCUCCUGCAGAAUCAUACAUACCUACCAUGAUAAAUUACAUCUUGUCCAGAAAUGUUUUAUUGUCUAAAUGUAUAGAGUAGGAAGGCUCCUGCAGAAUCAGACAUACCUACCAUGAUAAAUUAUGUCCUGUCCAAAAAUGCUUUAUUUUCUAAAUGUAUAUAUCAAUAGCUUUACUUAAAUGUAUCUUUACUGAACGUAUGUCUUAACAAACAUGUGUGUUGCUAGGUAAAAUGUUCACAGAGAUUCAUGAGAACUGAAAAGGGAGAAGCCAAAAGAUGAAAGAUGUUUUGUGGGGUUGAUUACAAAGAGGGAAAUGAGUGAUAAUGCUAACCGGUGAUUGGUGUGUGUGUGUGGUGAUCACAUGGGUAGAUGGGAGCCUGAGUAUUAGUGGAGAGGUUUGUUUGUGCCCGUGCCGAGAUAUGCCUUUAUCAAUAGGUGGAUUUGACUUGAUGUAGCUGCCUGCAGCUGUCUUAUGCCGAGUUGUGCAUAUGUCAUGGUUGAAAACGGAUCAGAAUCUCAGAAAUAACCACCUUAUGCAGUCGACGUACGGCGGCUACAUCAAGUGGAAUCCCACUAUUGUCUAUGCUUGCUAUGACUGUAUACCUUUGUUAGCCUGUGGUGAUCUCUUCACCCAUGGGGAGUGAU